AUGUCGUUCGAUGUCGGUUGUCUAGAAUUGGCCUUAUCAAACAACAGUGCUCCACCAAAACGUCACAAUCGUUUCACAGAGGGCGCGCAAACAAGACUUGCUCGCACUGCAAGAAAACCUUCCCGUCACAUGCGUCUAUGCUCAUUCAUAUGCGAAUGCACACAGACAUUUACGAACAUUACACGACAGAUCAUUAGUCCAGCUCAAGUCGAAGGAGAGGAAGAAGAUGUUGCGCGGGACCUUCAGAGACAAGCGCAGAGUCCUGAGGACGUGGAGGGGGGGCUGGCAGUGGUUCCUCCCGCCGCAGGAAGACGGCCGCGGGCGGCGCUCGGCGUACGUGAGCGCGACGGGUCGACGCGAGCCGCACGCGCCGCGCCCAGCGACAAGAAGCGCCCAGAGGCGGACGAUCGCCUCGACACACCAACGUGCCGCGCAAGCAGAGCUACUCGCCCUCUUGAAGCAAUUCGACGCGGUCUUUGUUCUCCGACAAGAAUGGAAACAGUGAGGUACAGCUCACGGCAUAGCUAUUACGUUAACAAAACUCUUUACCCGAAAAAGAACAAAGAACACAGGCUUUAA